AGCUGGGUAACACAGCUUCAAUCAAAGACAAGUGAAAUCAGCUGGUCUAGUGUUUGGUCAAAAUGGAAACUCACAGCCGUCAGAGUCAAGUCCUAAACUUGUUUUUUAAAGCAGUCAGCACAGGACUUAUAUCCAGAGCUGACCUCUUCAGGUCCACAUCUGCUCUCAGUGAGGUUGUGAUCACACUACCCUGCGUGUGAAGACCUGACUCCUCUGAUUCUUCGACCAACAAGAUGCAGAACAGGAGGGAGAAGUUUGGAGCUCAGCUGGCUCUCUUUGCUCCAGCCAGCAGCUCUCAGCGAGGUGUGUUCAGUGAGAGCACCACCUACCUGGCUAAGAUCGCUGUCGUCCUCCAAAACGCUCCAGGCAAGAUGCUCCCUUUUACUCAGUUGAUGGACGGACUGGCACCGCUAAUUCCUGGAGACAGAAAAUCAGUUGAGAACAACAUCAGAGUUUGUUUAUCAACCAACAAAUGUUUUGUCAAGAUUCCAGUGGUCCCAGAUUCUCUGCACAGUAAGAGAAACUACUGGAAACUGGAUGCCAGUCAGAUCACAGCAAAGAUGGUGCGUCGUCACUUCAAAGGAAUCCUGCAGUUCUUUCCUGAGUUGGCCUCCAAAGUGGAAACAGAGAUCGUGAGCAGACCACCCCAGCACUGCUCAGCUCUCCACUCCCCUGAACCUGCAGCCUGCACAGCUGUUCAGAUCAGAUGUGAGGUGAAGUUCAGCAGUCCUUUCUCCAUUGAAUCCCUCCUGAAGAGAGACAGUCCCUCUGCUCGGGCCUCCAGAGCGUCUCCUCUGUCCAGCGUGCGGUUCAGAGUGGAGCAGCAGCCUCGGUCCACACACGGACGAUUUGGGACAAAGAGGAGCUUCAGCUGGGACUCUGAGGAGCCUCUCCUCCUUCAUGCUUCAGCUGGAAGUUCCCCCGUCUGCUCAACAGGGGGCAGCACACACCAUGGACUCACAGCUAAUGCAGUUGCUCAGCCCAUCGGGAUGGAUGUGUGCUCUGAUCCCUCAUUCCCUGUCUACACAAGAGCCAGUGCUGCUCCCUAUUUCACCAGCCCACACAGCAGUUACAUCACUUACCCUGGACCCGCAUUUACCCAUGAUGCUUUCCGUUUUCGUUUGUAAAGGUAUUUUUCCUACUUCCAAAAUUGCACUUUUAUAUGUUAUAAACUUUUGAGUGGACCGUACACAUCGGAGAGAUUUUUCUUUAAAAUCAGACACAUUCAAACCACACAAGGCCCAUUAGUAGGUCCCAUGUGUUUCUUGUUGUCGUAUCUAUAUUUCUUUUAUUUGUGGUUGUAUUUUGUUAAAAAACAACUC